CAAUAAGAUCUUUGAGAUGAUGAAGCCUCUGGUGGAUUCCUCACAGCUUGGGAACAGCAGCAAUGAGUCUGGAUCUUGCAUGGGGGAGACCCAGAACGUGUCCAUCACCACUCUCAUGUGCCUGGUCUUCUUCGUGGGCUUCAUCCUCAACACCUUCAGCCUUUGGGUGUUCUGGUGCCGGUUGCCCAGCUGGACCUCUGGAACCAUCCUGCAGUUCCACCUGGCACUCAGUGACGCCAUCGCCACCCCAGUCACUCCCAUGAUGGCGGUGUACUUCGCCAUGGGCAACAACUGGCCCUUCGGUCGAUUCUUGUGCCAGGUCAAGAUCUCCCUGCUCAGUUCACAUUUCUAUGGCAGCACCAUUUUCCUUACUCUCAUCAGCAUCCAUCGGUACACAGCUGUGGUGCAGUACAACAGAAGCUCCUGCAUGAAGCAGAAGGAGUUUGUCAGGAAGCUGUGUGCAGGGGUUUGGUCCCUGCUACUGAUCCAGGCUCUGAUCUACGCUUUCAUGCUUCCUCCAAGUAAAGAGGGCAGUCACAGUCAAUGCCUCACCAUCCAUCAGAGCAACCUGACAGAUGUCUACUUCAUCAUUAACUUCAUCCUGUUCAUCUUUGGCUUUCUCCUCCCUUUCCUUGUGUCAGCUGUUUGCUAUGGUCGCUUGGCGAGCACCUUAACUCGCCUCAACAUCAGCACAGCGAAAGGCUUGAGAGUCAAGGUGAAGUCUCAGAGGAUGAUAGGCGUGUGUCUGGUGAUAUUUGCAUUGUGCUUUCUGCCUCUGAACGUUAUACGAACCGUGGGAGUGGUACUAAAAAAAUUCUACCCGCAACAGUGCCGUGCUCUUCUGCAGAUCGAGACGGCGUAUUAUGCAUCCUGGAUUUUAGCGGGAGUGAACAGCUGCCUGGAUCCACUGUUGUACUGUUUUGGGUCACAAAACUUUCGUGAUGCAUUCGGAUCUUUCAGGAUUGGGCAGGGAGACGUUCCGAACAGAAGUGAUUCAGAAAUGACUGCAAAUCAGUAACAUGGAGUCAUGCACAACAACUGAGUGGGACUGACAUUGGAGGCCCAGGAUUUAAUGUUUGUGGAAAGUUUAUAUUAGUGAACUCUCUAUUGAAAUCCAUACAAUCUAAAUUCUUGGUCAGCUGACAGUACAAGCCCUGUAAAGAAGAUUUCCCUGCAGAUCUCUUAUUUAUAUGUUUUUUUUUUCUUCAAAUUUUACAAUAACAUUUUAGAGACACAUCUAUACAUAUAUGUAUCUAUAUUCUGGACAGGUAAUUCCUUUUAAUACUUUAGUCGCAGUGUCACCUUUUUGAACGCAUGCUCAUUCCGUGGUAAAGUUUGCAAUAAUAAAUAUGUAAUGUCUGGUUAUACUUU